AUGUCCGCAAUUUCUUCAUCUUCGCAUUCUACCCCCUCCUCAAAUACUACUACUUCAACACAUAAUCAAAACGUUAAUAAUAAUAAAAUUGAACAUAAAGAUGGUUUAACAACUUCUACUCGAAAUAAUUCUGUCGGAACUAGUCCAGCUUCACUCGGUGAUAAUGCAGAAUUUAAUACUUCUCCAGUACCCUUAACACCCAAAGAAAAGUCAACUAAUCAACAACCAUUUGGUAGUAUUAACAGUAAUUCGAGUCAAAGUGCAGAUAACACUUCCAAGUCUAAUGUCAUUGCGCCCAGUUCUCCUAGUCAGCAACAACAAAACUCAACUGUAUCAAAUAAAAAUAAAAAAACCGAAUUUCCACAUUUUAAAAUUGGAAUUAGUGAAGAUCGUAACAAGCGAUAUAGGAGAACUAUGGAGGAUGCUCACUCGUUUUUCUAUGAUUUUGCCGGGAUUGAAGGUCAAGGAUUUUUUGCUAUAUUCGAUGGUCAUGCAGGAAAACAAGCGGCCGAUUGGUGUGGGAAUCAUUUUCAUGAGGCUGAUAAGCAGCUCAAUCAGAAUGCAGGAAAGCAUUCUGGAUGUACAGCGAUCGCCGCUUUCUUGAGAUCCGAAGAAAUAACGGAAGAUGAAACAGCUAAUGGCAAGAAACCCAUUAGCAACGGCGUCGAAAAUAAACAAAAGCGCGUAUUGUAUACUGCAAAUGUCGGGGAUGCUCGAGCUGUCCUUAGUCGCAACGGAACAGCCGUUAGAUUAUCUUAUGAUCAUAAAGGAAGUGAUGCACAGGAAGCAAAAAGGAUCGUUGAUGCUGGUGGAUUUGUUAUGAACAAUCGUGUCAAUGGUGUAUUGGCAGUGACACGUUCAUUGGGAGAUAGUACAAUGAAAGAUUUUGUUGUUGGUAAUCCUUAUACCACAGAAACCGAGAUAACCGAAAAUGAUUCAUUUUUGAUAUUGGCAUGUGAUGGGUUAUGGGAUGUCUGUGAUGAUCAAGAUGCGGUAAACCUUAUUAAAAACAUUGAUGAUCCACAAAUAGCAAGUGCCAAAUUGAUCGAACAUGCUUUAACAAAUUUUAGCACUGACAAUUUGAGUGUGAUGGUAAUUAGAUUCAUGAGGAAUUAA